AUGGCGAUUCCGGAUGGACAUUCCACCAACGACAGCCGAGAUGAGAUCAAGGUCAUCUCUUCCCCUCUCGCACUGCCAAACGGAGUGGUCAUACCGAAUCGACUGGUCAAAGCAGCCAUGGCCGAAGGUAUAGGUUUAGGAGGAGGUCCACCGCGGGAAGGCCACAUCAACUUGUACAGACGAUGGGCAGAAGGUGGUUGGGGUAUCAUCAUAUCUGGAAACGUUCAGAUCGAUCCUCGUCAACUGGCAUCACCUCACGACCUCACUCUUCCCUCGCAUUCCUUAACUCUACAAGCUUAUACCAAGCUCGCUUCGACCGUACACUCCGCCUCCUCUGGUCCUUUGCUGCUCAUGCAGAUAUCCCAUCCUGGUCUUCAAUCGUCUUCGACGAUCAACCUAUCUCGUUGGCCAUGGGAAUCAGCAAUCGCACCAUGCGAGGAUAGACCUACCGUCUCGGAAGGUCCAGUAGGAUGGUUAUGGAGUCAUGUGAUGUGGCCUACCAAAUCUCGUCGGAUCGUCAAUACCAACGAAUGGAUGGACAUAGUCAACAAGUUCGUGGAUGCUGCUGUGCUGGCUGAGAGAUCCGGCUGGGACGGAGUGCAAUUACAUUCCGCUCAUGGAUACUUACUGGCCGAGUAUCUAUCCCCUCUAACCAAUCCAGAUCCAAAACCUUUACCCGAUGUACCUGGAAGUAUCCCACUACGAUUACACCUACUUUACCUGAUCCUCAAGGGCAUUCACGACAAUACCGAAAAAAGGUUUAUCAAAGCGGUCAAAGUCAAUUGUUCAGACUUUGUGCAAGGCGGUCUUGAUGAAGAACAAGCUUCCGAAAUCAUUAAAACGCUCGUUUCAUGGUCUCUGCUGGAUAUAAUUGAAAUAUCCGGUGGAACCUACUCAUCACCUGCAUUCGCUACGCCAGAAUCACUUAAAACCUCUUCACGCCAAUCUCUUUUUGCUCGUUUUACCACCUCGCUCUUACCUUCUUUAUCUCCUCCACCUACAGGUCCAGCUAUAAUCUUGACAGGGGGUUUACACGAUCGACAAAUGAUAGCUUCUUCGCUGAAUGAACGAGCGUGUGAUUUGGUAGGGAUCGGAAGACCAGCCUGUCUCUUCCCUCAAUUACCUAAGCAGAUCAUCCUCAAUCCCAAAUCACCAGAUGGAGAAGCUAGAGUCGGUGGAUACCCUAUACCCGGAUCGGACCUGAUGAAGAUCAUUUUGGGUGAAUCAAAUCCUAAAGAAGGGAUCAAGCUAGUAGGAGCUGGAAUAUCGACAUUAUGGCAUGAAUGGCAGAUGUGUAGGAUCGGAAGAAGGGUAGAACCGGAUAUCAACAUGCACUGGCUCAGAGGUGCGUUGGUGGAGGAGGUAUGGUUCGAGGUGCUCAAGGGAGGUCCGAUGGGUUGGUGGAGGUAUUGGAGAGGAUAG